AGAUAUUUGAGACAUCGUUUCACCUAUUGGAAGCGACAUGGUGUACCCGGUUAUAAUUAUGUUGACCUUAGGGCAAUUGGCAAACCUGCCCAUAAAUACGAUGUAGAAGUGUUUAAAAAGUUUGGGCGAAUAUUUGGUGGUUAUACAUUUACGGGAAAAAUAAUCGUGAUCAACGAACCCGAUUUGCUCCGAGACAUCAUGGUCAAAGAUUUUCACAUAUUCCCCGACCACCUAGGUUUCCAUAUGGGCACAACUAAAAUGGACAAAAGCCUAUUUUUUAUGCCCGGCGACGAUGACUGGAAACGUGUGCGCUCUAUACUGUCCCCUGUGUUUACAUCGGGUAAACUCAGGGCAAUGAUGGCACACAUCGACAAUAUUUCAGAUAGAUUUAUUGACAAUUUGGUUCAAUUAAAGAAACAAGGUGGGCCAAUAGAUAUGCGCAAACAUGUCGGUGCGUUCGCGAUGGACGUGAUCUCGCGCUGCGGGUACGGCAUUGACGUCGAGUCCAUUAAUAAUCCCAAUCAUCCCAUUGUCAUAAAUGCCCGCAACAUAUUGAGCACUGACGCAAAAAUAGGCGCCGUAUUGUCGGGAAUGUUCCCGGCGUUGGCCAAACUGGUUGGAGCCGAACCCUUUGAUAUUGACUCAUGUAGAUACUUUGAUGAAUUA